AUUGCGUCGACUACAAGAACAACAACAAUUUGAACAGAAUAAAAAGAAUGAUCUUGAGGAAUCUGAGGAAGAAGUUCCACAGAAAGUUGUAAAAAAGAAAAAGAAUAAACCUAAAUUUGAGAAUUUAUAUGAUGUGGCGCUUGUCAAAAACAUAUUAUCCUAUACAUUAUUUUGAUCAGCGUUUCAACCUCUACACAUUACAGGCAACGAAUAAACUAAAUAUAGUUAGCGUCUGAAGAAAUGGAGGAUGAAGUAGCUGACGAAAUUGAAAAGGAAGAUGAAGUUGAAUUUGCAGACGAAGAGAAUACUUCAGCAUCUAAUGAAAAUAAAACAAAGAAAAGGAAAAAUAAAAAGAAGAAAAAGAAAAAGAAAGAGUUAGAUGAAGGUGAAAAUACUGCAAAAGAUGAAGAGCUUGAUGAAAUUGAUCGUUCUGUGAAAGAAGUUAACAAAAUGCUUGGCAUCACCACAACUGCUUCUCCGUCAGCCGCAAGUUUGUCAAAUGAUAACACUCCAAUAUUUAAAACCAAGUCAAUCCUGUAUGUGGAUCCAAGAAAUCUCAGCACAGACAAUGAAAUGAAACGAAAGUUUGGUGCUGCUGUUGUCAAAAGUGAGAGAAGACGAAAUCCACAUGAAAGGAGACAUAAAAGAAUGACAACGCUAGUUACACCACGUCAAAAUUGGCCACCAAUGACAAAAUUAGGACUAACAAUGAAUCCAGUGAAGUCAGACAAAAGUGGAAGCAGUGCAUCAGUUUUUACGUUUGAACAUCAAGAAGCAUACAGAAAAAUACAAUUCCUAUUUUAUGAUGCUGUAGAAUCACUUGAUCAUAACAACAUUAUGGCACUGUUAAAUGCACACCCUUAUCAUAUCGAUUCUAUGCUACAACUUAGUGAAAUAUGCAAAAUGAAUGAAGAUUAUCAGAUGGCUGCAGAACUAAUCGAACGUGCGCUGUAUGUUUUCGAAUGCAGUUUCCAUACAUUAUUUAAUAUAACGCAAGGCAUAUGUAGACUGGAAUACAAAAGGGCUGAAAAUAGGCCUUUUUUCUUGGCAUUGUUCCGUCAUAUAAAAUACGUUGGGGACAAAGCAUGUUAUCGCACUUCAUUGGAAUUCUGUAAAGUUUUAUUAGGGUUGGACCCUUCAGAAGAUCCACUUUGUGUGUUUUUUCUUAUCGACUACUACGCAUUAAAAGCAGAAGAGUAUGCCUAUUUUAUACAAUUCACUGACGAAUAUGAGCUUAGUAGAAACGUCACAUUACUGCCUAACUUUGCAUUUUCAUAUGCUAUGGCGAAGUUUUAUCUUGGAAAAUUAGAUGAAGCUAAUCGAGCGUUACGAAAAGCAUUGAUCUCCUUUCCAUCGUUGCUCGUGGAGCUAAUGGACAAGUGUGGCAUCUCACUUGACGAUACAAUCAAAAGUCAUCCCUAUUUUGAUCCAACGUCUUACUUACGGCAAGCUUCACCUUUAAACCAGUUGAUAUCUUUAUAUGUGGGUAGGUGUUCCUCUUUGUGGAAGCCACCUGAAAUUCUUGACUGGCUGGCAGAAAACUGUAAAUAUAUCAUCGAUAACAUGCAGAAAUAUAAAGAAGAGAUUGAAAACGCAACAGAAAGGCGGAAGAGCAGAUACAAGGUCUCUCCACGUAACGUAUUGCGACACAUUGUUAUAUCAGACAUAAAAGAAGCCAUGAGGGCAUUACCCGUUGAAGUACGCAAUCAGUCCAUAAUGACACAUGAUCCUUUACCGCCAUCUGAUUCUAUUGUUGGGUAUGAAAGACCAACUAGACAACAUACAAGUCAGGAGAGGAGAAACAUGUUGACAUUGUUUUUGCAGUCGCUGAUGCCUUCAUAUAACCAGGAAAAUGCACAACGCAACAAUCAAGAAGAACCGCCCAACGCUCGCGCUAUACAACACGCAGCACAGGAUCUAAACGAAGGAGCAGCUGCUGUUAACAAUCCAAUCGCAGGAGGAGCGCAGCAACUAAUGAACGCGAUGAGAGAGCUACUGAAUACCAUGACGUACAGGAAUGAUGGCGUAGCUCAAAAUGAAGAGAACGACGAAAAUGAAAAUCAGGAAUGGAACGAAUAAAAUAAAAUUAUUUAUAUAUUUAAAUUUAUUUUAAUACAGAAAAAUUGCUUUUAAUACACACAAACAUUCACACAA